GGAGCUGGGCGGUGGCGGGCGCUGCCCGAGGAGUGUCCCGGAGCCCGAGGAGGUGGCGCGAUGGAGGGACUGGAAGAAAAUGGAAGUGUCCAAGUUGGAGAACUAUUACCUUGCAAGAUUUGUGGAAGAACAUUUUUUCCAAUGGCUUUAAGAAAACAUGGACCCAUUUGUCAGAAAACUGCCACUAAAAAAAGGAAGACUUUUGAUUCGAGCAGACAAAGAGCUGAAGGGACUGAUAUUCCAACAGUAAAACCUCUUAAACCUAGGCCUGAACCACCAAAGAAACCAUCUAAUUGGAGAAGAAAACAUGAGGAAUUCAUUGCCACCAUAAGAGCAGCUAAAGGCCUCGAUCAGGCCCUUAAAGAGGGGGGCAAGCUUCCUCCUCCUCCUCCACCUUCUUAUGAUCCCGAUUAUAUUCAGUGUCCAUAUUGCCAGAGAAGAUUUAAUGAAAAUGCAGCUGAUAGACAUAUAAAUUUCUGUAAAGAACAGGCAGCACGUAUUAGCAAUAAAGGGAAGUUUUUGACUGAUGCCAAAGGAAAAGCGACUUCUCGGACGCAGUAUAAGCCACCUGCUCUUAAAAAGUCAAAUUCCCCUGGGACCCUAUCAUCAGGAUCUUCACGAUUACCACAGCCAAGUGGCACCAGCAAGACUGUUGUAGCUGUGCCUUCAGGUAAAGUGUCUUCAGUUAGCAGCUCUUUGGGAAACAAACUUCAGCCUUUAUCCCCCUCGCAUAAAGGGAUAGCAGCCCCUCAUUCAGGUAAGAUGGACAAGUUAGGCCCUCCACUUCGAACUGGAAGACAUGUGCAAAGGUUGUAUGACAGUGACACAAAAUCAGACAGUGCCAUCAAAAGACAUGAGUUAUUACCCAUUUACAAAGCUAACAUCAAACCUCGAAAUACCACACCACCUAGUUUGGCACGAAAUCCUGCCUCAGGUGUCCUUACAAGCAAAAGAAAAACAUACAGUGAGAGCUACAUAGCCAGGCCAGAUGGAGACUACGUAUCUUCACUCAAUGGUGGAAACAUUAAAGGCAUUGAAGGAAACUCAUCUGGACACUUACCAAAAUUCUGCCAUGAGUGUGGAACUAAAUACCCUGUGGAAUGGGCCAAGUUCUGCUGUGAAUGUGGCAUUCGAAGAAUGGUUCUGUGAACAAAAUCCCCAAUGAACAAAAGCGAAG